CACAGUCGAUUCAGCGGCAGCAAGGCGUCAAGCGGUACAAACCUCCUGUCAUACUUUAAGAGGAACACACACGCACACACACACACUGAAGCUAGCCGGACUGAACUGAGCCCAGCCCCACCUCAGGAGGAGGCUGUGCUCACUCUCUAAGCGUCUGGAUUGAGAGCAGAUCUCACUCGAUCCAUCUGAUCACCAGCAGAGCGCUUUAACUCUCCGUCUCAGCAGACCGAGUCAUGGAGACCAGACUGCCCUCCAGCUAGCUAACUGCUAUCCGCUCGGAGCCCGAAAACAUGCGCUAGACAGGGUAUUGCAAGAAGACUGUUUCCUGUUUUUUCACUGGAGUGACACGGCUGUCACAUCUGGCUAUCAGCAGUUGAAGAUGCAGACUUUCCUAAGAGGCAGACGAGUGGGCUACUGGCUCAGCGAGAAGAAGAUGAAGAAACUCAAUUUCCUGGCCUUUGCAGAGAUGUGCAGGAAAAGAGGAAUAGAAGUUGUUCAGCUUGACCUGAGUCAGCCGUUAGAGGAGCAGGGUCCCCUGGACGUCAUCAUUCACAAGCUAACAGACCUGAUCCUGGAAGCGGACCAGAAUGACACCCAGUCCCUGCUGCUGGUCCAGCGUGUGCAGGAAUAUAUUGACGCUCACCCAGAGACCAUCAUUCUUGACCCUCUUCCAGCCAUCCGGACUCUGCUGGACCGCUGCAAGUCCUACCAGCUGGUGCACAGGAUAGAGGACUGCAUGAGAGAUGUGAGGAUCUGUUCUCCUCCAUUUAUGGUGCUAAACAGCGAGUGUGGCCCAGACACGCUGGAGCAGAUCAAGCAGCAUGGCCUUACAUUCCCUUUUAUUUGCAAAACACGGGUUGCUCACGGAACUAACUCUCAUGAGAUGGCUAUAAUAUUUAACGCAGAGGACCUAAAGGACGUGAAGCCACCGUGUGUGAUUCAGAGUUUUAUAAACCACAAUGCCGUGCUCUAUAAGGUGUUCGUGGUGGGCGAGUCGCACACUGUAGUGGAGAGACCCUCACUCAAGAACUUCCCCUCUGGACCGUCUGACAGAAAAGCGAUUUUCUUUAAUAGCCACAAUGUGUCCAAGCCAGAGUCAUCAUCUGACCUCACAUCAAGAGACAACGUAGAAGGUGUUUCCCAACCACCGAAUGAUGAUGUCAUUAGGGAACUGUGUAAAUCUCUUCGGGAAUCUCUUGGGGUUUCGCUCUUCGGCAUCGACGUCAUCAUUAACAACCAGACGGGUCAACACGCAGUCAUAGACAUCAACGCAUUCCCUGGAUAUGAGGGUGUCCCAGAGUUCUUCAGUGAUCUCCUCAACCACAUCAUCAGUGUCCUCCAAGACCCCUCUGCCCCUCCCCCUCCCCCUCCCGGCCAGCUGCCCACUUUAGGCGCAGGAGAGCGCAACUGCGCCCCGUCCCAGGAGUGCUGCGGCAUGCUCGGCAAAGAGUCGGACAGCAGCCCCUGGAUCGUGGAGGGCGACGGUGGUCUGAAAGGCCCGCAUCAGAGACUGGGCUGCAACUCGGCCAUGUCCCCCAACUUCCAACAGCACUGCGUGUCCACGAUAGCCACUAAAGCCUCGUCACAAUAACCGCUGUCUCCCCACGCACCCCCCUCCCCCUCGUCCCAGCAUCCAAAUUGUGAAGACAAACUGAAUAACAUACCACAGUAACUGUUAUACUGAUACUAUAUCUGUAAUCAAAAAUAAACUAUAUUGGGAAUAAUCAAUGAUGUUGAUAAUGGGCAUUGGAUUCUAUCUCCUAUGCCUUUGUAUAUGUUUUUUCUUUUCAUUUUCUUUCUCUUCAGUCUAACAACUCCGUACCAUAAUGCAAACUUUCGGGAAAUCAUCAGUGAUCAGCACAUUUUUUUUAUUUUUUUUUAUCCUUUUUAAUUUGAAUCACAGUGCAUAAUAAGUGGAUGUUAAAUAGGCAUGUUGGAUAUUUACGCCGGAAGUUUGUUUUUUGUUGCUGAUGGAAAAAAAGCUAACAGUUGUGCGUGUUUUUAAUGACAUGGAACACAAACACACCCAAUAAUCUAACAAACAGGACACCUAAAAUGUCUUUGUGCUCUGUGUUUAGUGGAAAUCCUGUAUUGUGAGGAUCCACAGUGCAUGUUGUUGUGCAGCAUCUACAGACCUUGUGACACUCCGUAACCUUUUCAUAAUGCUCCAGAAGACUUCCAUCAUCCUUCUGUAAACAUCGUUGACAUCGUUGACAUUUUUCAUGUGCAUUUCAACGCAUCGUAUCAUAAGAUGUUAUAUGAAGUUGGAAGCAAACCGAAUGAUGAAGUUCCAGGUGAACUGUCAAGCAUCUUGAUCGUUUUAUGAAAGUCAACUCUGAAGAGGCAAACAUUCUACUAUUCUAAAAUUCUUCUAAAUGGCGACGUUGAGUUUGAUUGGACGGUUGCUAGCGGAUAUUCUGACAUUCCUUGUAUGCGUGUGUUGUUUUAUAGCAGACGCUCCUUUAGAACCUCGAAUGUUUUGUAUAUGAUCCAGUUUUGAACUUCGCUUCAGAUUAGCUGAGAUGGAUGUUGAUGUGUAUGUUGGGAGUAUUUUGUCUUGUUCUAAUAGCAAAGAUCACAUCUCUUCCACAGAGAGUUCAGUUCUUUGAUUCUUGGUUAGCAUUCCUUGGUAAAAACAAAACAAAUAUAUAUUAGAUCUCUUCAAUUUUACAUAUUCAUUAUAAAUCCAAUAAUUGCUAACUAAAUUACUAAUGAAUACAAAGUAUUUGUUUUAUACAUCACAUUGUUAGUGAACCGUUGCAUUUUGUUGCUGAUUUAAAUCAAUCCGUUUUAUGAGGCAGGUCAAGCCGAAUUAAUUAUUAGUUUAGCACCAAUAUCAAUGUACUUAAAACCAUCUGAGCAAUUUAGCAUCAUUUAUACAUUUAAAUAAAUGCAAUAAAGCCAAAAAGGGAUUUAAAGCGCUUUUUAGGUUCUCUUUUGGAAACUUUUUUGCAUAUAUUGUAUUGAAAGCCUUAGACAUCCCACAGCAGUAUUUUCUUCUUCUUUUUUUUUUUUUUAGUAGAAUAACAAAAUGAUAAUCUUAUUUGUAUUCAUGUUUAUAAAAGAAAUUUCGCCCACUUAGUGCCCAUAAAGUGACUCGGAUUACUCCUACACGGUGGAAGACCAGCAGAAAGCAGCUUGUUUUUGUUCACUGUGAGAGAAGUGAAUGUGUGGAGAGAUUUGACAAUGUCUUGAUGCGGUAAACGAGAGCGGAGUGAAUGAAUGAACUGCUGUCAUCAUUCGGUUCAGUCUAUAUGAAGUCAACAUUUAUGCCACUCCACUGGCCCUUAGCACCUUAUGUUAAUGCUUUUCUUGAUCUUAUGGGGUCCAUUUUUUAAGAUGAAUAUUUUCAUAGGUACACCAAAUUGUUUAAUAUCCUUUUCUAUAAUAACUCCCUCCAUUGUUAUGGAAUGCAAAUUAAAUGGUCAUUAUCAUUUAGAUGCCGUCUCGAAGAAUAUGAGCCAUGUUGACCUCAACAAGGUGUUUUUUUUUUUUUUUUUUGGAAGUGUAGCCUCUUGCUUGGUGUAGGUAUUUAUAUCAGGAGUGUUGGAAUAUGUUUAUAUGAUUAAUGGGGAGUGUGUUCAGAUUAAGUCUGAGUCCUUUUAGCAUUUGAGAGAAUGACAGCCUUUAACACAGCUUUACCUUUUUACUGUGUACUUUUGCCUUCAUUGUGCUAUCAAAUAGAAAUCCUCCUCACCUGCUAA